GAAUACAAUGAGGCCAUGAUCAUGGAGUUGGAAGACCUUGAGGAAGCAAGGCUGACAGCAUUGGAUGUGAUGAAGGCCCAAAAGCUUAAAGUGGCACGAGCUUACAACAAAAGGGUUAAGCAAAAGAAUCUAGCUGAAGGAAGCUUGGUUUGGAAGGCUGUGCUGCCACUUGGCAAGAAGGAUCCUAGAUAUGGUAAAUGGUCUCCUAAUUGGGAAGGACCGUUCCAAAUUCAUAAAGUUCUUAAAGGAGGUGCUUAUUGGUUAAAAUCUUUGAAUGGGGAGUUGCAUCCGCGCAAGAUCAAUGGCAUCUACUUGAAACCAUAUUAUCCGACUGUGUGGGAGGCAAGGGAUAGUUCUGCCUCCACGUUUGCAUGAUCCAGGUUUGCAGACAUUUGUAUAUUAUUUGAUUCAAGAUGUUUUUCUUUCAAUAAGGACACGUAGAGUUUUGGCUUGAACCAUGGAAGCAUACAUAAGACUUGGUGCUGCCAAGGAAGCAUGGCAUGUUCUUACAUUUGUGUUUUAGAGCGGCUUUGUUUGCAAAGCCGUGGGUAGCAUGAAUAAAGCAAGUGAAUAAAUUCAUGUUUAUCAU